AUGUCUUCUACUAUCCUUCUUAAGGGCGGAACUGUUAUCCAACUCGAUGAGAAUGACAAGCUUUCGUCAGUAAAGGCAGAUGUUCUUGUCAAAGAUGAUACUAUUGUCCAGAUCGAAAGCUGCAUCGCCCCUCCUGCUGCAUGCGACAUCAUCGACUGCACUGACAAGAUCAUCUCGCCGGGCUUUGUUGAUACCCAUCGCCACAUGUGGGAGACGGCACUCAAAGGUCUUUGCGAAGACCUCACAUGUGUCCACUACUUUUCUCAAAUGUGGACGUCAUCAUUUGUCUUUACGCCAGACGAUCUCUUCUGGACAACACUUGCGGGAUGUGCUGAGGCCGUGGACGCUGGCACCACCACCAUCUUGGACUUUGCGCAUAUGAACUGGACCAAGCAUCAUGGCAAGCAGUCACUGGCGGGCACCAUUACCUCUGGUAUUCGCUCUGUGUUUGCGCUAGCACCCACCGUCACGCUUAAGCAAACCUCUCCAACAGCUGAGAUGACGGAUGACGGACUCAUCCCCGAGUGGUUCAUGCCACUCCUCCGCGAGCUCGCCACGUGCAACAAUAUUGCUUCCCCACUGUCAUCUGUCUCUCUUGCCUUUGGCUUUGACUACUACUUCCUGCCCAAGGAGAUAAUCCAAGCACUCUUCCAAGAGGUCAAGUCUCUUGGAAUCAAGACCAUCACAUCGCACUGGGCCAGAUUUCCCGGCCAAGAGGAAAGCAGUCUCCCCCGCCAGAUGCGCGAGUACGGUAUCCUGGACAAGUCCAUUGUCCUGUCCCAUCUCGGCGGAGCUACCAAGGACGACGCCGAGGUUUUGUGUGAAGCUGGCGCUUUUGUAUCUGCUUCACCCAGCGUGGAGAUGACCAUGGGCCUUGGUCCUCCCGUUGUUUUCCGCGACGAUCUGCCCAAUAUGGACUCCAUCUGCUCUCUUGGCGUUGACUCCCAUCACGCCACAAGUGGUAGCAUGCUCAAUGAGAUGCGCGUGGCUCUCAUGUCUGCCCGUGGAAAUGAUGCACAGACGAAACUUGCAGCGGGAGAAAUGGCCGACAAGGUCUGCCGCACGGCGCACGAUGGAUUCAUCAUGUCUACCAUUCGGGGAGCUAGAGCUCUGGGUAUGGAGGAUAGCAUUGGCAGCAUCAAAGUUGGCAAGAAAGCAGACUUGGUGGUGUUUGAUACGCUGAGCCCGGCCAUGACGAUUGCCGCUCAAUGCGAUCCCGUCACAGCCAUUGUCGUGCACUCUAGUGUUGCUGAUGUCAACACUGUCAUUGUGAAUGGUCACAUUCGCAAGAGACAUGGAAAGCUUCUCCCCUUCAACAAGGUCGAGUGGCAAGAUGACAGGACAGAUUUUGUCAUGACUGGUGAGCUUGAGUGGAAGGAUGUUUCUGCACCAGUCCUUGAUGCGCAUCGCCGAUUCACUGCCAAGUUACCUGAGCACGAUAUGGGAGUGCUGAAUGCAUUUGUCAAGAGACUGUAUGGUAUGCCAUAA